GGGGCGGCGCUGACAGUCGGGUCCGCCGGGCAGCGGGCGCAGCAGCGGGCGGCGCGGCCGGCUGCUCGGAGGCUGAGCCCAGCCGCGCGCCCCGGCCCGGCGCCCCAGCCCGUCCGCGCGGCGCCCACCUGCCGCCCCGACGGGAGCCUUGCGGCCGCUGCCCGGGGCCGAGCGCCCACGGCACCAUGAGCCCCCGCUCGUGCCUGCGGUCGCUGCGACUCCUAGUCUUCGCCGUGUUCUCGGCCGCCGCGAGCAACUGGCUGUACCUGGCCAAGCUGUCAUCGGUGGGCAGCAUCUCCGAAGAGGAGACGUGUGAGAAGCUCAAAGGCCUGAUCCAGAGGCAGGUGCAGAUGUGCAAACGGAACCUCGAGGUGAUGGACUCAGUGCGCCGUGGCGCCCAGCUGGCCAUUGAGGAGUGCCAAUACCAGUUCCGGAAUCGGCGUUGGAACUGUUCCACACUGGAUUCCCUGCCUGUCUUUGGGAAGGUGGUGACACAAGGGACCCGGGAAGCUGCCUUUGUCUACGCCAUCUCUUCGGCAGGUGUGGCCUUUGCAGUGACAAGGGCAUGCAGCAGUGGAGAACUGGAAAAGUGUGGCUGUGACCGGACAGUGCACGGGGUCAGCCCACAGGGCUUCCAGUGGUCAGGAUGCUCAGACAACAUCGCCUAUGGUGUAGCCUUCUCGCAGUCCUUUGUGGACGUCCGGGAGAGAAGCAAGGGGGCCUCCUCCAGCCGGGCACUCAUGAACCUUCACAACAACGAGGCUGGCAGGAAGGCCAUCUUGACACACAUGCGGGUCGAGUGCAAGUGCCACGGGGUGUCGGGUUCCUGCGAGGUAAAGACAUGCUGGCGAGCUGUACCGCCCUUCCGUCAGGUUGGCCACGCGCUAAAGGAGAAGUUUGACGGUGCCACGGAGGUGGAGCCACGGCGAGUAGGCUCCUCCCGGGCACUGGUACCACGAAAUGCACAGUUCAAGCCACACACAGAUGAGGACCUGGUAUACCUGGAGCCCAGUCCAGACUUCUGUGAGCAGGACAUACGCAGUGGCGUGCUAGGCACAAGGGGCCGCACAUGCAACAAGACGUCUAAGGCCAUUGACGGCUGUGAGCUACUGUGCUGUGGCCGCGGCUUCCACACAGCACAGGUGGAGCUGGCUGAGCGCUGUGGCUGCAGGUUCCACUGGUGUUGCUUCGUCAAGUGCCGGCAGUGCCAGCGGCUCGUGGAGAUGCACACAUGCCGGUGACCGUGCCCAUCUGUGCCCAGGGCCAUCUACCUGCGUGGCCCAGGGAAGGCCAAUAACUUAAUCAGUCUCCCACCACCUACCCCAAAAGAUACUGGUUGUAUUUUUUGUUUUGGUUUGGUUUUUGGGUCCUCAAGUUAUUUAUUGCCAAAAUAUAGGCAGGCAACCCCAAGGGCACCAACCAGGGGCUCCCCAAGCCUGAGCCUUUGUGUGUGGCUGCCGCUGACCAAAGGGACUUUGUUUAUGCCUCUGGCUGUCCACAUUGACCACUGCUGACUACUCAGCUCUUGUCGGUGUCCAUUUUUCUACAUGUAGACUAAAAAGUAGGUACUAAGGAGUGGCUGUAGACCCACCCUCCAGGGAAACAGAUGGCCCAAUGGCAGGGAUGGCAGGUUCCAUCUUGGUGGAAUUUAUAUCACCUGCAGUAAAGGAGCUUGCAUCUCUCCACCCCACAUAUACACAGGGACUGCUACCUGGCUCUUAAGGUCCCUAGGAAGGGAAUGGACAGAUAUCAGGUUAAACGCUAAGGGCUCUCGGCCCUCACAGGGGCAGCUAGAUUGCAGGCAAGCACUGAUGAGCGAAAGCAAGAACGCCCACCUGAGGCCAGCCUGCCUCAGUCUCCUCCUUGGGAGGGGAAACUGCCCCUACUCCUGGACUCUCCUAAGCAGGGUUAGGCUGUCUUCUUGGAUCAGAUGCUAGCUUGAACCUAGCGAGUCACACACCCCGCCCCGUUGUGAGUCACCCUCACAGUUUUGUCCUCUGUGAAGCUGAGAAUGGAAAUGUCACAGAGACAGGAAAGGGCUCUGCAAAGAGAUCCCACCCUGUGAUAGCUCCCUCACUUAACAAAACCUACUGAGCAAACACUAUGCCCCAGGCCCUGUCCUGAGGUAUCGCUCUUACUGAUCACACCUGUCCUGGGAACAAACACAGAUGUCCACGCCCUCUUUACAGCAGGUACUGAUGCCUGUCAGCCCCACAAGACUUUGACAGAGGCAGAGCCAGGCUCCUCCUUGGGUCUGAGCAAUGGGAGAGGGGCUCUGGCUAUUAAAAAAAAAAAAAAAUGUACAGGGAGACAAGGCAGUAGGAGACAGAGCCCACAGGCUGGGCCGGAGCCCACAUGGCUGCAAAGGGAUAAAAGGCUGAGUGAAGAGGGGAAACAGCUGGAGGGCUGACUAAUUAGUGUCUCACAAUUAAAGGCACCUCCAUCCCCAGGAUCCCCGGUCCCCAAGGCUUUGAAUACAGUAAGGACAAGACUCCCCAAGGGACAGCUUCCGUAUCUGGUGCCUGGCCCAGUACACCAGCCAAACUGUCAAGAACCUACCAAAUGCUCUAUGAACAGGACACAGAACCAACUGCCUCUCAGUUGGAUGACCAAUCCUCAGAGGAACUUUCCAGUCUGAUCUCCAAGUUGCUCCCAUGUCCAGGACUCCAGGUUCGAUGCUUUGGCUCUGGGAUCCCGUGGGAUUCUGAAAUCCCAAGUUCUUUGCUAUCGGGUGGUAUGAACGCCCAAAUCCGGGAUUCUGAAUAUGGGUGCAGGUCUGCACAAACUCUCCUCUGGGCCUGUGGCUUGUGCCUUCUGGAGUUGGCUCCUUUAUGACAAGGGUCAACACCCUUGGCCCCCAUCCAAGCUCUCUGCUCAUUGUCCAUCUGAAGAGGCAGCCAAAACCAAGCGAGAUGCUGGAACCACAUUCAAAUGCAGGGAUAAUCUUGGGCAGGCUGUCUCUGAUGUGGAUGAAAGCUGAGCUGACCAAGGGGCCCCACAGCUGCCCAGCUGGGCCCACUGCUCCUUUGGUAGACUUAGUUCAGCACCAGGGAAGAUGUGACCCCCUCCACAGAGCCAGGUCCAGACUAAGGAAGCAUGGGGCUACCCCUUCAGAGAAUGCUGAGCCAAGGUCCCCAUCCAGAGGCAGUGGGGUUGAGACUGCUUAUCAGUUUUUGGACACUGUACCAAGAAGGAGGGUACCUAGCUCCCAUAAGCUGAUCCUCCCAGAGUUUUGCAGGCUGUGACUAGAUGAAUCAGACCACAGGCUAGAACCACUGCCAAGGCCAAAGGGAUCCACAGCCAUGGUGGGGUGGGGGGGGAAGCUUCACUGGACUUGUCCAGCUCCAAACUGUCUCAGAUAAAGAGCUGGCGAAGGCCUGACAUAGCUCAUAUUUGGGUCGCACAGGACCCAGGAAACUGGCUAGAUGGUCCACAUCCUACCUGAACCACUCUCCACUGCUCUUGUCACAGGCAAAAGUGAUAUUCCUUCCUCCAAGGCCAGGGUUGGAUAAAGCCAGCUCCGGAUGCUGCUACUCUACUCUGCUGCCCCACCCCAUCCCCCAGUUUUUCUAUGAGGCUCCUUGGCAUUGUGACAUCCCCAUGGCAUAGUCUGAGAUGCACGAUAAAAUGGUUACUUCUCUAUCUGCCAA